UUGACAUUUAGUGGAGAAAAGCUGCAUUUCUCCAUUAGCUAAAACCCCCUUGUCCCACACAACCACUGCAAUGUUCGUACCAGGACAAUAUCCACGCACGGAAGGUUAAACGGUGGCAUUCAUUCGUGUAUACAACACGAACUUUACACGUUAGCAACAUGCACAUAUCAAUAUCAGGAGAAUCUACUGAAUGUACAACCAAAUGGCUCAUCUUGUGCGAGUGAGCUAUGCAUUUCCUGGCCUGGUGGAGGAAACUGCUUUGUGUGGAGAGAGGCAGCGGUGGUGGUUGAGAAAUUGAUUGACCUAAAUCCGAAAUCGGGUAAAUGGGAAAGGAGGCCGAGCGAGGUGCUCGCUUGGUGUGCGACGGGACCACUCCGAUUCCUCGUAUUCCUCGUCGUCCUGGGUCCUGUUGUGGUCGUGGUGCAAGUUCUGGGGGAAAGUCGUCAGUUGUUCGUGGAGGGAGGUGGUCAGAGUGAGACGGUGGUCAGGUCAGAUCGUCUCCUAGGUCCAGGUGUGGUUUGCACAGGGUGUGUCUGGGGGAGACAGAAGGUGGUCAGCAUCGUUUGUGUGUCAAGGACGGGGUCAUUCAUUAUCAUUACAUAUCAUUAUCAACGUACAAGUGACAACAGGUUAAAUCAUAGCAAGGUUGAACCCAAGUGACUCCAUUACUGCAAAUUAAUCCAGUUAUUACUCUUCUACAACAUAUAUACCUAACAAUCGCAAGUUGGAGAAGGCAAUCCGGUCAGCAAUGAAUGACUGGACAUUCAAAAUGUAGCACAUGCAAAAAUUAGUCUGAGCACUUGCACCCCCAGACGAGUGAAAGCAUGAGUACUAACAACCGGUGGUCGCGGGCUCAGAAGAUGGGUGACUGCAAGACCUGUUUGUGUCGAAUAUCUCCUCAGAAAAAUAGGCCAGAAAUUUCCGAUGGAUCUGACGAAGAAACGCCCAACAUCAAUGGAGAGCUGUGCGACUCCCAAAUGUCGUACUCCCUAUUGCGUACGCUCAAGUCGAUGAGGGAUGACGAGUCUCUCUGCGAUGUGACCAUCUGUGUUGGAGAAACACCCACUUUGGAGAAAUAUGCAGCUCAUAAAAUCGUUCUUGCUGCUGCUUCGCCAUACUUUCGAAAAAUGUUUAGCUGCGGAUUUCGGGAGGCUAAAAAUGGGCACGUCAAGUUUCACGAUAUGCAACCACAAGUUCUGGCAGCAGUACUAAACUUUAUUUAUACGGGGAAAAUACAGAUGGAUGAAACAAUCGUGGAUGGCCUACUAGAUGCUGCAGAUCUUCUACAACUGCCCUCACUGCGAAAUUUGUGUCUGUGGUGGCUUACGAAUAAUUUGAGCGCCUCGACUUGCCUUGGGAUUUAUGUGAUGGCUCUACUAAGGUCCCAUCUAGAUUUAGCUGAAACGGCAAAGUUGUAUGCUGUAGACCAUUUUCGUGAUGUAAUGCAAGGAGAAGAAUUUCUUCACAUUUCUGUCGAAUACUUGAUUGGGUUUCUAGAUGUUCCAUUUCUUGCUUGUGAUAAUGAUGGACAAUUGCUGAACGGUCUACUCGAGUGGGCAAAUCACGAUCUGGCUGAAAGGAAGACAUUCAUGCGAGAGUUGAUAGGAAAACUGAAUCUGGAAGAAAUUGCUCCUCAAGUGUUGAUUGAAGUUAUUCAUAAUCCUGCAAUAGCUGGAAAUUUGGAUCUAGAAAAAGAAAUUCGGGACUCUUUAACGAAUGUUCUGUCCAGAAAAUUUGAUGAUACGUCUGAAUUGGAUGAAACACUACCACGGCAUCAUGUGGCAAGAUACUAUAAUCAGCAGAAUGUCAUUUUGGCAGUAGGUGGCGAGUCUCAAGGACAGAGUCUAAGCAACGUAGAGUGUUUCAUGAUGGGCAUAUGGAAAUGUAGCAUUCCAUUCGAAAAUGGGACAGGAAAGGAUUUUUCCGACGUCGCCGUGAUACCUACCAUGAAACAAUGUAGAUUUUACGGUGCUGUCGCCAGUCAAAAUUAUAAAAUGUAUGUUGUAGGUGGACAAGAUUGUGGAUUUCCACUAAAUAUUGUCGAGCGGUAUGAUAUCCUUCAAAAUCGGUGGGAGACUUUAUCACCCUUACCAGUUUCACUUCAUGGUUGCGCAGCUGCUUUUGUAAAUUCACGUUUGUUUGUCAUCGGUGGAAGAAGUUCUAAGCAAAAUGAAAAUUUAGUUUGGGUCUACGAUGAGAAAGAAGACUGUUGGCAAGAAUCGAUACCGAUGAAGCAACGCAGGGCACAUUUGGCAGUUGCAGGAUUUAACGGAGAACUUUUUGCAAUGGGUGGAAUGGGUGGAAAACAUGAAACGGAUGAUGAUUUUCUUAACACUGUGGAAAAACUUGAUUUGCUAACCAAUACUUGGACAACACUGGCUCCUAUGCAUGAGGAUAGGGCUUUCCACAAUUCGGCUGUUGUAGAUUGCUUUGUGUACAGUAUUGGCGGAUGCGAUGGCAAAAUAUGGCUAAGAACAGCAGAGAGAUACGAUACCAUGUGUGGACAAUGGUCAAAAAUCAGCAACAUGAGCAUUCCAAGAAGUAGCUUCGGUGUGGCAACAUCUAAUGGACGAAUCUAUUGUGUUGGGGGAUUCGAUGGAGUUCACUUUCUAAAAACGGUUGAAAAGUAUAAUCCAAGAACUGAUCGGUGGCACGUUUCAUGUAGUAUGCAAAUAGAACGGCAUGGCCUCCAUGUAGCAAGAAUUUCCCUUCCAUUGAAAACAUCAAAUUCACCUAAUGAGUACUCCUGACCACAACUGAUGUUAGAAUUUGGAGAAAAGCUGGAAGACAUAUUUUCACCAAUAGCUGAUGGACGAAACAGGCGAGGGCUGUUUCCAUUUCAACAACUUCAAGCAUCUUCUGCUAUGUCUCGCUCCGGAUCAUUGGAUCCUCUGCCAGACGGUUCUUUCCGACAAUCCAAAAGAUCUGACAAUAAGAUUGGCAUUAUUCCACCCCGUGGACGUUCGAGUCGUCACGUAUCACAUCUCACUCGAUUUGUUAUUUACCUAAGCUGCAUUAGAGCUGUGAUGGAUGGAUAUCUUCCAUACUCGUAUGAGCCAGCCAGCAGCUCUUUGGCGAAUGUGGUUCUAGACUAGGAUAUACGUGCUCAGGAAAUUAAAAUGGCCAUUUUCUCUCAUUUCGAAUUGAACAUGGUCAUGUGUGCUGACUCUAUUUUAAUUAGACCAUUUCUCGUUAAGUAUGUAGGACGUACAUGACCGCCGAUAAUUACUCGGAAUUAAUGCCCUUGUAUACGUGCGACAUUCAAGUGCGUGCCCGUGAUGAUGUGAUCCGACGUUUAUGUAUUUCUCGUAAUUAUGUAAAUAAUCAUGCUGUACGUUAAAUCAUUUAAUCUUGUUCUCUCCCUCUGCUGACAACUUUCUUCCUGCCUGCAGAGAGGAGGCAUUUUUCAUAUUUUAUCUUGAUUUAGGAAUAGUUAAACUGAGGUUUGGUUAUUGUAUGCAAAAGUGAAUUAUUGAGUGCUUUCAAAAGAACAAAUGGUGCUAACUUUGUGUUACGCUGCUGUAUGAAUGUUUAGUUGAUCUAAUAAGCGCGUUGAAUCGUCCUUCUCAUACAGUGGCGAAGAGUUACAACGGUACCUGAUGUGUCUAUAAUCUACGCCUAUCGAUAUCGAAUAAAGGCAAGAUUAAUGGAAUAUAAGAUAUGUACAUAAUCCAAUAAUUAAGGUAUACUUUUGAAUUAUUGAAAUUGUUCUAUCGGUAUUCUAAUAAGAGUAUAGUUAACAUAUUUGUAAUUAGAUUCUAUAUAAAUAUAUAAUCAUCUAAGAAAAGGGAUCAUUUGACUUUUUUGUUGUGAACGAUCUAGUUGUACUGGUUCUUGGUUAAUUAAUAAGUUGAUGAUGCUUGACUAAUUACGUUAUUAAAUAAUCAACAUUUAUUGCAUUAAUUACUCGA